GAUGGGCAAAGACCGUAUCACCAAGCGCAUAAAAAAGAAGGAAUCCAAACAGUGUAACAGUAGGACGGACCAUUCCCUCGAGAAAAGCGAUAUUUUCGAAAGCGAUUCUCAGUUCCCGCCCCAAGAUGGCGCACAACUGCAGCCGUCUCGUGCACCUCGUGCUAUGGAAUCAAGAGGACAACUCAUUCUACAAAACAGCAUCGACUCAAACACGAGCGACGGAAGCAAGAAAUCGAAAUCUCGGCUUCGAGAAAUCGUCAAAAUGGGCGAGCAAGGUUAUGAAGCAUUUAUCGUCUUCGAAGUCAUCAGGACGUCAGACGUUACGCAUAACGAAGAUGUUGACGUUCGUUACCAUCGCGUUCGUGAUCAGUUAUCUCCCGCACCUGACCCUUAUGUUGUGGAGCAUGUUUGUAAGCAAGGAGGACGAGGACACCUUGCCCAAGGACAAUUUGUAUCAAAUUGUGUUCUAUUCAUUCCUUCUUAACAAUCUCGUGAACCCUUUCAUUUACGCGACCAUGGACGAGAAAUUUAAGACAGAGUUAAAAAAGAUAUUAAAAUGCGAGUUCUUAUAACUAUUAUAUUGUACUAUUAUAUGUCAAUACAGUAAUAUGCGUACUAAUUGAACACGUGUUGUGGUGCGCAUUUGCUUUCAUAGACCUGCUCACAUAUUCAAAUGUUUAAGUCAUCACAUUUUCUCAAACUAUAAAUUCUAUUAAAAAACGAAUAAGUACAGCACUGCA